UCCAGUAUACACGCCAUCAUGUCUGUGUCUGAGGAUGAAGCAAACGUUUCCUCACAUAAUCCCUCAGAAGCCUCGGCUUCUGAGCUCAUGUGUCCCAUAUGCCUGCAGCUCUUCUCUGAGCCUCUUUCUCUUCCCUGUGGCCAUGUCUAUUGCUUUCCGUGCCUUGAGACCAUGGAAGAAGGCCUCGAUCAACACAGCUGCCCGCAAUGUCAAGCGGAAUACCCAGGAAGCUCUGCUCUUGUGAAACAAGUCAAAAUGCCCCAAUUUGUAGAGACCUUAAAAUCCGAUCCUGGAAAAGUUCUCUCCACUGAAGACCAUCCUGAUGUCCUCCAUGUGAUAUCCAAGAGUAUGCAGGAUUUAGCUAUGGAUCAGUCAACUGGUGAAAUCCAAUGUGGAGAAAAAGGGAGGGAAGAUGGAGUCUGUGAGAUUAGGUCUGAAUCUAAAGACAUACCCUUUAAUCCAGUGCCAGCAAAAAUUCUAAGCAGAGACAAAAUGGAAAUGAAGGUACCCAAGUUUAAACUUGCAUCUCAAGUCACAGAAUUACACUUGAAGCUAGAGAUGGCAGAAGGCGCUCUAAAGAAGGAGAGGGAGUGGGAGCUUCAGGUGAACACCUCCAACUGUCAGCUGAGAGAGAAAAUAUCUGAGCUGCUAGGGCAGAUGACGGACACUCUGCAGAGCUAUGGUGACCAGGUAAGGCAGAUUGUGGAGAAGGAGUUAGGUCCAGGUGAAGCCAGCAUCAGUAGUCGAGUGGGUGAAACGUCUGAGCUGGUCAAACAGCUGAGGCACGCUGUUCUAACUGCUGGAUCACUUCUGACUGAAGAUGACGAGAAGGCAUUCAGUGACGAACUUCAAAGUCUUAAGCCCUGUAUUGCAGAAUUAUUGGCUAAACCACUUAGAGAAGACCAAGACUUUGUGGAAACCAAGGCCAGCGCUGUCCGAGCCUGUCCCCAGCUGGAGGACAUGAGCUCUGAGCUGAGGGAACAACUUGGAGAGAUUCAGCGCUCCCUUCGGAACACCCUCAACCCAUCAGAGCUGACCUUUGACCCUGAGACGGCUCAUCCUAAUCUCAUCCUCUCAGAGGACCUGAAGACAGUGACUUUCAGCACUGUGAUGCAGUCCUGCCCGUCCUCACCGCAGAGGUUUACCAGCUUCUACCAGGUGCUCAGCACUCAAAGCUUCUCAGAAGGGGAACACAGCUGGGAGGUGGAGCUGGAAGGUUCACCGUGGAUCGUCGGUAUGUGCUACAGUGCAAAGCUGGCACGCGUCGGGGUGCCGUCCGCUCUGGAAAGCAGCCGAAGCUCCUGGUGUCUGAUGUGGUUCGACAACCUGCUGACUGCUUUUGAGCAGGGUCACCCUGUGCCGCUGAAGAAAACCACAGUGUCUCGCAGACUUGAGGUCAAGCUCAGCUUUAAAACACACCGGCUGAGCUUCUACAACAUUAGCUCCUCCUCUGGGAAGACGCAUAUCUACACCUUUAAGGCCAAUCUAACUGAAGCGGUGCACCUCGCCUACAGGAUGAUGUCAGGGCAUCCCAAAGGCAGAGUCACCAUUUGUUCAUAAAGGGACAUUUUGAAAAUAAGCACAAAGGAGACAUAUCAACGCGACUGUAUCCUUACUACCAUAUUUCAGAAAAAGUUUAAUAUGAUAAAUCAAUUAGUACCUGUUUUAAGACUAAUAUGUGAUAUUAUAUUACUAGUUUAGACUUAGACUCAACUUUAUCCCUUGGAUUUACUCCUUCAGGGAAAUUCUGCUUCCAGUAGCUUAUAUAGAGUACAGAGAGUUAAAGCAAGAGCCAUAAAGGAUAGAAAUAUAACAGACAAUAUAAAAAGUCUGUAUAUAGUAUACAUUACAACUAUUUAAAAAAAGUUGUAAUGUCCUGGAAUAUUUUUCCCUUAGAUAUAAAAAUAUCUGCACAGUAGAGAGCUAAGGGAAGACUGCACAGUAGUUGACUUUGGUUAAUACACUUGUACUGCAGAGAUUUACUGACCUUAUAAAUACGUUUUUUUUUUUUUCUUUGUUUUGGUUUCAAAAAUCUUCAGAAACAUAAUUCUGGGGGUAUUGGACUGCAAAAAUGAUCUAGAAAUAAGUAAAAAUUUCUUGAAUUAAGUGUAUUUACUCUUAAUCUGAGUAGGUAAAGUAGGUAGGUAGAGUAGGUAAGAUGAUUUGCCAAUGGAUUGAGUAUUUAUACUCUUAAAAUGAGAUGAUGAUUUAAUAUGCACUUGAAAUAAAACAAUACAAUUUUUUUUCUUCUCAUUUGAAGUGUAAAUUGCCUUGUUCCAUUGGCAAAGUGUCUCACUUACAUCCUCAACUCAAGAAGUAAGAAAAUAAAAAUAAUGACUUUUUUAGAUUUCUAUCUUUUGCAGUGUGCACUUCAUUCUGGUUGAAAACAAUGUUUAGGUAAUUUGAUGAGAUGUGUUGUUUUUUUUUUGUCCCAUGCAGAGAAAGAACAGGAUGUCAUGUAUGAUAUAAUCAGUAGAAAUCUGACGGCUCAAUGUAGGCCUGAUCACAGUCAAAGUUGCAGACUUGGUAUGUGCCCAAAGAUACACACCUGGGAGAUUUUGGCCAAAUGAACUUGGGUGGAGGACAAUGCCGGACCAAGAGGUGUCUCUUAUUUAUUUUUCAGGAGUUGGCCACCCUACCCUCUGCCAUCAGAUUUCUCAACGCCACAGCCAGGACCCUGGUACUUAGAUUCUAAUUGCCAUACAACUGUUGUUUCUAUAAAUAA